CCGGAGGACGGACCACCCAGGCCAUCUCAAGACCUGAACGACACAGAAUAACAGACCUAACCAAACCAAACCAGCCUCGCCCAACUAAUCUACAUCUGUAUGUACUGAGGAGGAUGCUGACCCGGGUCAGCCUGGUUCUGCUCUCCUGCUUCUGUACAUGGAUCCAGGCUCAGCUCUUGGACUAUGAGAGCUGGGCGGACCGGGCCGUGUUGUCUGAUGGUCUCUGUCGCUACGGCAACAGCAUGGAGUGUUGCUGGGGCUGGAGACAGACGGACCGAGGACGCUGUCAACCUCAUUGUCAGCAGGGCUGUAAACAUGGAGAGUGUGUCGGACCAGACAGAUGCAAAUGUCACCCGGGAUACACCGGCAAGGCCUGUAACCAAGAUCUGAACGAGUGUGGUCUGAAGCCGCGGCCCUGCAAACAUCGCUGCAUGAACACACUGGGCAGCUACAAGUGUUACUGUCAGGACGGAUACACACUGCAGCCGGACGGCAGCUGCAGGAAUGCUCGAACCUGUUACCAUGCCAACUGUCAGUACGGCUGUGAGGUGUCCAAGGGGGCGGUCCGGUGCACCUGUCCAUCUCCAGGGUUACGGCUGGGACCAGACAGACGCACCUGUGUCGACAUCGAUGAGUGUGCGUCGGGCGGCGGCGCGUGUCCUCGACGCAGGAAGUGCGUGAACACGUUCGGCAGCUUCAUCUGUAAAUGUCACCUCGGCUUCAAACUCACGUACAUCAACGGACGGUACAACUGCAUCGAUAAAGACCCGCGGCCGUUCUGCUCUCUGAACCCGUCCUCUCCAAAGUGCAGGUGUAAAGGCGGCGGCUGUAAAGCUGUUCCCAAAGUCACUGUGGAGCCACAAAGACCAAGAACUACAACUCCCAUCACCACCACUGCUACAACUCCUCCUCCUCCUCCUCCUACUACUACUACUACUACUACUACUACUACUACUACUACUGCUACAACUCCUACUACUACUACUGCUACUACUACUACUACUACCACUACUCUUCCAACCACUACUACUGUUACUACUCCACAACCUACCACCACAACAACCAGUCCAGUACCUUCUACUCCUACCACUCCUCCUCCUCUUACUACAACUACUACCACUGCUACUACUCUUCCUACUACUACUACUACUAUUACUCCUCCUCCUCCUCCUCCUACUACUACUACUACUACUACUACUACUACUCAGCCUACCACCACAACAUUCAGUAUUAUCGCCACAACCACUGCUCCAGCUUCUACAGCUGCAACAACAACCACAACUACUCCAAUACCUACCACCACUACUGCUACUACUACUGCUACUACUAUUCAGCCUACUACUACUUCUCCUGUUACUACUACUCCAAGUACAACACCUGCUACUACGACUACAUCGACUCCUCCGCCGACUACGACUGAACUGGAUACAACAACUACAACGACUACGACAAUGGAAACAGCAGCCCUGACGACCACCACCGUCACCACGGUAACAACGACACUGAGCAACAAGAUCAACAAGGACGUGACGCACAAACAGAGAGGAGACGUGCACAUCCCUCGACAUCCUGAUCACAACCAGGUGUGGGAGUUUGACAUCGAGCUGGGAAACACGGCCGAGGACGCCGCAGACGAUCCCGAGGCCGACGUGCUGCGCUGCACCUUCGAUCAUGGGGUGUGUGAUUGGUUGUCAGACAGAGAUGGAGAUCUACACUGGGAAACUUCUCACAGCCCGACAGGUGGGCGUUACCUGUCCGUCCCAGAGCUGAAGGCGGGACAAAGGAGCGUCCGUGGCGCCCGAUUGGCCAUCCAAGUCGUCCCUCCCUUGAGCCUCGGCGACCUGUGUUUCUCCUUCUCCCAUUGGCUGACAGGGCAUCAUGUGGGCGUGCUGCAGCUGUUCGUCAGGAAGAAAGGACGAGACCAAAGGUAUAGCCCCGCCCUCUGGAGCAGGACAGGUGGGCACGGCUGGAGACAGACGCAGGUUACCUUGACGACACACUCUCUGGACAGGGUGUUGUUGAAGGCCGAGCGGAGGCGGGGACAGCGAGGACAGAUCGCAGUCGAUGAUGUCACACUGAGACGGGGGGCGUGCCGAUGACAUCACUGCUGAUGGUCGUCGAUGAAUCUGAAAAACGUCCAGUUUGUUUGUUUGUUUGUUUGUUUGUUUUUCAGCAGAAUAACACAUAAAGUACUGAACUGGUUUUUACCGGACUUGUCAGAGCGUCGGACCAGAGAAGAACCGGUUCAGUUCUGGUGUGGAUCUGGUCACAGGAGCAGAUCCAGGAGGCUCGGUGGUUUGACCUCUGACCUGGAAGCAGCAGGUUAAAACUAAACUAAACACUUUGUUCAUGUCUGAGUUUCUCUGAGGCUUUUAUUUUGUAAAGUGAACAAACUCAGAGUUUGUGUUUUGAUCAUCAGGUUAAAUGUGUGUAUUUUCUCUUCUGGGGUUGUUGUUUUUGUGUAAAUAUCUUUUGAAAGAUGAAUCAUAUGCAGGUGUGUUUUAUAUAAAUACUGUAAAUAUAUAAUGAUUUGAUGUUU